AUGAGGAGUCAUCUACAUGCUGCAGGUCAUAUCUGUGUUCUUAAAAAUGCUUUCCUGUAUGAAAGUCCAGCUGAAAUUGCCGAUCUCACCUCCACAGACAAGUUUGAUGCAGCCCUGGCCAUUCAUCUUUAUAAAGGAGGCAGACUUCUGCAAGGGAGCAGAAUUCCUUUUGGAAUCAUCUUUGGUGGGACAGAUGUAAAUGAAGACGUCAAAAGUGAAGAGAAACAUCGGGUAAUGGGAGCAGUGCUAGAGGAAGCCAGGUUUGCAGUGGCUUUCACAGUGGAAAUGAAGGAACUGGCAGCAGCAGAGUGGCCAGAGGCGAGGAAGAAAAUAUAUGUCCAGACUCAAGGAAUUAAGACAACCCCCAGUGAAACAUUUGACUGGUACAGAUUUCUAGAACGUGCAGACAUUCCUGCAGAUACAGACCGUUUACAUCUGUUUCUUUUGAUAUGUGGACUUCGAAGAGUAAAAGACCCUCUCUAUUUAGUAGAAGUUUUUUCUGAUUGGCACAGAAAGGAUCCCAGUGUCCAUCUGGGCAUUAUUGGACCUGCAGUGGAUCCGCUUUUCACAAGGGAAGUUAAGGAAAAAGUUAAAAGGGCACCUGGAGUCCAUUUGUUACAGGAGCUGCCACAGGAUGAUCUCCACGCUGCUGUGAAGAGGUGCUUUGCCCUGGUGAACAGCUCCACUUCAGAAGGGAUGUCUGCUGCAAUUCUGGAGGCAAUGGAUUUAGACGUUCCAGUGCUGGCAAGGAACAUUCCAGGGAAUGCAGCAAUAAUAAAACAUAAGGAAACAGGCCUGCUCUUUUCAAAUCCCCAGGAGUUUGUUGUGCUGUCCAAGAGCUUGAUGAAUGACCCCAUUAUGGAAAAAGAAAUUAUAACCAGGGCCAAAGACUACGUGAAGAAACAUCAUUCCUGGGAAAGUGAAAGGAAAACCUACCAGAAUCUUGUCCUGAGGCUCCAGUGACUUGCAAGAGUCCAGCUGAUAGGCAGCAGUCUAUGUAGAGCACUUUAAUGAUGGAUCUGUAAUUAGGUUUGGGUUUCUCUUGGGUUCCUGUUAGAAGAGAUAGUAAGACAUGCAUUAUUAUUCUAUUCAAACAUACCAAGAUCACAGGAGUUGCUGCUACUUCAAACUCUCAAACGUGUCUGACUGAGUGCACUGUCCCUGGUGUGCCAACACAGCACAGACCAGGAGCAUUUUGUAAGCUCAUUAGGAGAAGUACACUCCUUGAGCAGAUGCCAAAUUUUUGUUGUUGUGAGGCCUCCAAGGGAGGCUGAUUUGUGCACACAGAGGAGCACUCACCACACAGAGCUCACGGGGAGGGUUCUGAG